AAUAGCUUUUCUUAUCACUCUGAAAAAAGCUCAAUUUUUUUAAAUCAGAAAAACAUAAUAAAAAAGUGCCUGGUGCAGAAAUUACCGUAUAGCGAGAAAUUUUUCUCCACGAAGGGACCGAAUCUCACCGAAGCUGCUCUAAAUUCACGAGUGCCAACUAAAUUUAUUGUUAACAUAAAAUUUUUGCGAAUCUACAAUCAAUUCAAUCGAUAAACCCAAUAUUUUGCGAGAAGCUUUCUGCGUGAGGAUCAAACACGAUAACUGUGAGCGCAUACGAGUUAAAAAGAGCCAACAUUUGUAGCGAGCACAAGAUGUCCUAUCAAAUUAAAUCGACACCAUUUUUCCGGCGUAUGGUUAACGCGAGUAAAAAAAAUGGUCAACUUCAACGUUUGAAGGAGGAAUAUGAACGCAUCAAAGACUUCAAUGAUCGGACAAUCGAAAUGAAAAUGCGUCAGGUGCGCUUGAAGCGUCUCUUUCGUGAAAUUGAAGAGAUCAAAGAGUCGUCGUUGCAAUGGAAACGACGGCGUGUAGCCAUAGAUCGACUGCGAACGAAUGAGGAGAUACGUAUUGAGACCUUAGUCAAGGCUAAGGAGCUUGGUAAAAAAUACUCGGAAAUGAAUGCACUGGCCGAUCGUUGUGCUUCGCGCAUUGAUGCGAUGGCAUCCGGUGCGGCGGUGGGCAGUAUGUCUUCACGCAUAGAAUUGGAGCGUAAAGCACGUUCGGAUAAACGUAUAAGCUAUGGCAACGAUCGAUCACGCAUGAAUAUACAAAAAAUUGCGACAACACCACGCAAACCGGUCAAUAAGCCCAUUUUAAGCGCCGAGCAGGAGCUUAAAGAGCUGAAAGAUAAGCUAAGAAAUCGACUUUCAUUUGGCAAUUCGUGUUCGAGUCGAAAUCUAGCUAAGAAACACAAAAAAGAUGGUCAACGCAAAGCAACCGCGGGUAAAUCACUAAGCGCUUUGCCUUGCGUGGAAUAUGAAAAGAUUACCGCUUACCGAGACACGAAUUGGAAUAUCACACGUGACAUUGCCGAUAGCGUGGAGCGUGAUUUUGAGGUGCCAGUGUCAAUAUAUAGGCAAACUGCGCCUGAAUAUAAACUCAUUGAAGAUGUACACAUAAGUCUACCCGUUGCGAAUCCCAAAUUGACUGAUGUAUCGCUUAGAAACGAGCAAGAUCGUCGUAUGCGUGCCAAGGAACGCUGGCGUAAACUGGCACUUAUUGUGCGUCAUCGGUUCGACAAAACUCUACGGCGUCACGUGCCGCCAAGUGAGGAGCAGGACAGCGAAGAGAGUAGAGAAGAGUAUCCAUUGCGUUUAAUAUCCAAUCAUACGGACUUGCCGAAGUGUAACUUGAGAAGUCAAGCGAGUAGCAAGCCACAUUCAGACGAUGAGCUAGAAAAUGACGAAGUUUUAGUAAGCAUUGAGUCGCUCGAUCCAUUGGAGUUGCAACCCUUGCCGCAACCAAUUCCGGCUAUUGUAGCGCAACCCGUUGCCGAGGAGAUUAGCAAUCCAAUAGAAAAACGACGACAAGUACAGAAUUAUGUAAAAGUACUUGAGCCAGUUGUGCGUGUCGCACGCAAACAGGCUGUAGAGCUGAGCGUUGAGCAAUUGCGUGGCAUUUUCGAACAUCAAUGCGCUGAGCUGUGAUACUAUGGAAUGUAUUUAGCGGAGUUUCCAAAGUUGCUAUCAUCUAUGUACAUAUUUAGGCGGUUCAAAGAGAGCUCACUUUCACUGCCACAUUCAUUUCGGCGCGAAGAAGUAUUAGUCUCGCCAAGUCUGAAUUAUAUUUUAAUUUCGAAUGAAAAUUCCGGAUUUUAUUUUAAUUUUGGAGAUGUCUCGGAUCCUAGUUUUACGACAAGCUAAGUUACAAUGUUAGUACUUUUGAAUUUGAUGCUAUUUUCUAAACAAGUAUUCUUCAAGACAUGCCUUCGUUCAUUGCGAAUAGACUCAGUCAAAUUGACUUUCAUUGUACCAUAGCACAGUUAAUUAAAAAUUUUAGUUUAAUUUUAUACGAUUUAUAUUAGAAAUAAAUUAUAAAUA